AUGUCUUGUUGCUGGGGUAGUAGGAGCUCAUCUAGAGCCUCCUUUGAAAAAAAUGUAGAAAUUAUUGGCGAGAAGGUUAAAGUUGUGGUCUCUGAGCCAACCUCUGAUACUGGUUCACUCGUUAUUCAUGAUGAAGAAGCGAUGGAGGCCUACAUGGAUCAAUUGUCGAAGCUCAUCGAGAAGUUCGAGAAAGUGGCGUCUCGAUUGGAGGCUUGUGGGGCUGCGAAGCCGACUCUUCCACCGAAACCGGCUACUUUAAGUUUCGAAAAAGGUUCACCGAAUGUUGUGGUGACCUUUUUCUUCACUGCUGCU